CACCGGAAGUACAUGCUAGUCUUCGUUAAUCCUGGCCAAUGGACUUAAUUCCAGGAAGUAAGAUUUUCAGUCACUUGUUAUUUGAUAAUUUCUGUUUAAUUCUACUUCAUAAUCACCACACUAUCGUGUUGAUCCACACUGUAAACUUUAAGAUUACACGUAAAUAGUCUGUUCAACAAUUAACGUCUAAAGCAAGGCUGAACAUCGUCGACGUUAACCAGCAAAUUCAAUAUGUAUGUGAAGCUCGAUUUUGUCAAACACAAGGCGAUGCUGCCUCUGGAAUUCGUUGCCGUUCUCUUUACCAUCCUUGGACUCUUCCUGAAUAUCUGGUGGUCAAGUUGCUUUCCAUCAGAAACUCAUUCACCAGAAACUCUUCAGAAUUACGGUCUGUGGGAAAGAGUGGAAUGUACCAACGGAAUAUGUCAGCUGACCGACGGGGACAGCUCUGGUUUCCUGAUUUUUACCCGUUUUGCCGGAAUUCUGAGUCUGUUCCUGACAAUUUGUGCCUUGCUGUCUACGGCUGUAUAUCUGUGGAAACGAAACAAACUGCUUAUCUACAUCACUGGUGUAUUUUCUAUCUUCAAUGGAUGCAUUACGUUUUUGAUGUCGAUGGUAUUGGUUGGAGAGUUCCACGUGAUCUCCAAUGCCUGGGAUACGGUACGGGCGUCAGUCCUGACCACAAAAAGCCAAAACAUUUGCUACAACCCAGUAGUCAUCUUCUUCUUCAUCUUCUCGGGCAUUCCCAGCAUGAUCGUCGCCAUCGUAACGCUUAUGAAACUGGACAACGCACCGGAACAUAAGGGCGGUAACUCCACUAAGAAGAUUCAAGGCGAUAUAGCUCUCGUGUCCUAGGUACAGAAAUGAGAAUUUCUCUAAAGUGUUUAACUUUUCAAAUUUAUCAGAGAUAAAUAAAGCUACAAAGACGGACAAUUAAAAUCAACCAUUCUGUCAAAACGUCAACAUUUUUAAUUACCACAGUAAAUGUAAACAAGGUGCGUAAGUCUAUAUCAAUACUAACGCGGAAACGUCAUAAACCAAUAAAAUAUCACUGUAUACGUGGCA